AUGGCGCUCAGGCGGCGCCGUGUGAAAGUCUAUACCCUGAAGGAUGACCAGAAAUGGGACAACCUAGGCACCGGGUUGAUCUCAUCCACUUACGUGGAGCAGCAGCAAGGGUUGUCGCUGCUAGUUCAUUGCGAGUUCACUGGCUCCCUGAUCUUGGAGUCAAAGAUAAAAACGUACACACCGUAUCAGAAAUAUCAGGGGUCAUUGAUUAUUUGGUCGGAAGCCGAGAACCAUGGUCUGGCGCUAAGUUUCCAGGAUCGAGCUGGCUGUCAGGCAAUCUGGGAAGACAUUUGCCGCGUUCAAGGUAAAGACCCCUCCAUUGAAAACACACAAAACCUUUUGGAUGAAUCAGAAGAACGAUUUGAUGAAAUCCCAAAUACCAGUGCUCUGGUUCGCCUGCCUAAUUGUGAACUCAAUAAACUUAAACAGAUUGCUGACAUAGUUAACUCAGUUCUUCCCUCACCUAUCCGUAGUGAAAGGCUGGCUCUGAUCUUGGAAAGUGAGGGCUAUAUUAAAAAACUACUGCGGUUGUUCCACACUUGUGAGACUCUAGGGAACACUAAAGGCUUGCACCAUUUGCAUGCAAUUAUUAAAGGAAUCUUAUUCCUCAACAAGUCAUCUCUGUUUGAGAUCAUGUUUUCUGAUGAGUGCAUCAUGGAUGUGGUGGGAUGCCUUGAAUACGACCCUGCUUUGGCUCAGCCUAAAAGGCAUAGGGAAUUCUUGACCCAAGUUGCAAAGUUCAAGGAAGUUAUACCAAUAACAGACUCUGAACUUAAGCAAAAAAUACAUCAGACCCACAGGGUUCAGUACAUUCACGAUAUCCUAUUGCCUGUACCAUCCACGUUUGAAGGGAAUAGACUUUCUACCCUUAGUACUUUUAUUUUCUUCAACAAGGUUGAGAUAGUCAACUUACUGCAGGACAAUGACAAGUUGUUGUCUGAAGUUUUUGUACAGUUAGCAGCUAAGACUACAGCUGAUGAUAAACGAUGUGAAUUGGUGUUUUUUUUAAAGGAAUUCUGUGCAUUUUCUCAGACAUUACAACCUCAAAGCAAGAGUGCAUUAUUCCAAAAGUUGACACAAUUGGGAAUUCUUCCUGCUCUUAAAAAUGUAAUAGGCGUGGAUGAUUUGCAGAUAAGGUCAGCUGCUACAAAUAUAUUUGUUUAUCUAGUAGAGCAUAGUCCAUCUAUGAUCCGAAGAUUUAUAAUGCAAGAAGCCCAGCACAGCGAAGAGGGUAACCUUUUCAUUACUAUAGUAAUCGAACAAAUGAUCUGUGAUACUGAUCCUGAGCUAGGAGGUGCUGUUCAGUUAAUGGGGCUUCUUCGUUCUCUACUUGAUCCAGACAACAUGCUGGCUGCCGCUAAUGAAACUGAAAGAAGUAAAUUUCUAAAUUUCUUCUACAAACAUUGCAUGCAUAUCUUGAUAGGGCCACUUUUGGCCACCACUUCAGAAGACAAAUGUGAAAAGGAUGAUACAGUUGGAUCUAGCAAAAAUUGCCCCAGUGCUCUUCGCUUUAUGAGAAGGAUGAUUGGCCGUAAAGAUGAACUUUAUAAUCGUUACAUCAUCAAGGGAAAUCUUUUUGAGCCAGUCAUAAAUGCUCUUCUGAGUAACGGGACUCGGUACAAUAUGUUGAAUUCAGCUGUUAUUGAGCUGUUUGAAUACAUAAGAGUGGAAAAUGUUAAGUCUCUUGUUGCUCAUAUAGUUGAAAAGUUUUAUAAGGCAGUUGAAUCGAUUGAAUAUGUUCAGACAUUCAAAGGAUUGAAGAUUAAAUAUGAACAAGAGAAAGAGAGACAAGGUCAAAUACGGAAGAAUUUACAUUCUAUAGUAUAUAAUAAAACGCUUCGCAAAGGUGCCAAAGUCUCUGAGGAGAGAGAAGAAGUGUGUUUUAAGGAAGAUAACGAGGAAGGAGAAGCAAUUAUGCCACCAUUGAAAACUUCUGAGCCAGAAGACCAGUUUCCAAAUCGUUGUGAUAAAGUGAUGAAGGUGAAAAAAACAAAAGUAAAUAAAGACAAGGCAGACCUUCAGAAAAAAACAUCUGGUGGCUUCAAAUUUACUUCAUCCCAUCUUACAAGUAGUCCAAAUGGUAGCAGUGGGAUUGAUUUAGUGGAUUAUCCAGAAGAUGAAGGUAAAGAAGCUGGACCAUCCCCCAGGAAAAUACUUCAUCUGAGUUCAUAA